AAUGGCACCUAAUGUGUCGGACAGUGUAGCGACAGACACGGACCCGAACGAAAGCACUGUGCUUAAAGCAAACACGGACAGGGAUGCGGUUUGGAAAAGGAAACAACAGCCACAGGACAGCAUCGGAAGCACAAUCAAUGACCAGAACAAUAAUAACAGCAGCGCCAGUACAAGCAGUCAGAGCGAUAAUCACUGUGAUCAUGACACGAGCGUACCCUUUCGGGCACGGAUACGGUGGCCCGACUUUUUCGCUCAGCUGUUCGUGCACGUUGGCUUUCUGAUUGGGCUCUACUAUUUGGUGACAUUCCGGGCCAAGUUUUACACAUAUUUAUGGACCCUAGGAUUGGUGUGGGCCACUGGGAUAGGCAUAACGGCCGGUGCUCAUCGACUGUGGUCGCACAAAUCGUACAAAGCGCGCUGGCCUUUGAGGGUGCUGUUGAUGUUUCUAUUCACGAUAUGUGGGCAGCGUGAUGCAUACACGUGGGCCCACGAUCAUCGCGUACACCACAAGUACUCGGAAACCGAUGCCGAUCCGCACAACGCCAAGCGGGGCUUUUUCUUCGCACACGUUGGCUGGGUAUUUCUCACGCCACAUCCGGAGGUCGUCGCUAAGCGGAAAAUCAUCGAUAUGAGCGAUCUCGAGGCAGAUCGGAUCGUUAUGCUUCAGCGACGCUUUUACAUUCCCCUGUUUGCACUGCUCGUUAUCGGGCUGCCGGUGCUGGUGCCCUGGUACUGGUGGGACGAGCAGCUGACCGUUGCCUUCUGGGUGUGCUUUACGUUUCGCUUUACCACCACGCUCAACAUUGCGUUCUUCGUCAACAGUGUGGCGCACAUGUUUGGUAACAAGCCGUACGAUAAGAGCAUCAGUCCGGUGGAAAAUUUGGCCGUUGCUAUUGCGGCGAUGGGCGAGGGCUGGCAUAAUUACCAUCACGUGUUUCCGUGGGACUACAAAACGAGUGAGCUGGGCAGCUAUCUGUUUAACGUAACCACAGGGUUUAUCGAUUGCUUUGCGAGGCUCGGAUGGGCUUACGAUCGUAAAUCCGUCCCACCAGAGGUUGUCGCUCGCCGUGCCGCCAAGUGUGGCGAUGGAACUCGCUUUCUCACCGACGAGUACGCACACCAGGAUGCCGUGUGGGGUUACGGCGAUCAGGACAUACCAAAGGAAGACAUGGACGCUAUUGUAAGGACUCAACGUUGAUCGGAGGAAAGGAAUGAGCUGAUUUUGUAGACUCAACGAGGGCAUGGGAGCAAAUGUUCUGUAGUUUAUCAAAAAAUA